GUACCCGUCGCAAAGACAGCUUAUGUGGCUUCGUAAUUUAAGAACGAAAGAGCAUAUGUGGCGGACUCGAGAAUCCGAAACUCUCAUUGCACAGAGCUACAACCGUCGAAACUAGUCAACCACCUAACACAACUACACAAGUCUCCCCGUUUCGCCGGUGGGCUGCCGCUGACGGUAGCCGUCCAACCUCCACUGCAACCGUUGGCUGUCUCCCCAGCAAGCAUUACACGGGCUACCGGUGGCGAUCCGGGAUAUUGUUCUACGCCCCUGACUUCCUCCGUCGGCUAAAACUUUGAAUCCUUCUCCGUUUCUGGGGACUCAGAGAAGGGAAGUACACAAGGAUGAUCAAACUUUUGGACUGAUCUUUGUUAGGCUCUUAAGAUCUCUUCAUCUUUGUUUCAGCACCAUUCGAGAUUCUCUACCUUAAUUCGCUGGUCAAUGAGAUCUGUUCUUCCUGUGAGGUUGGUAAUUUUCCUCUGUUCUUUGAUUUCCGUUUGCUUGUUUUGGUUGAUGACGAUUGCUUCAUGGACUAUUGAGGAUUGAAUUGUGAAAUUGUGCCUUCUUCUGGGUGCUUGUUGGGGUUGCUUCAAGUUUUUAUUUAAGAACUAUCCAUCCAGAAACUGUAUCUCAACUCAAAUAUAACUUGUUGGUUCCUAUAAUAUAGGAGGUUCCAUCAUCAUUUAGACAUUUCACGGUGCUCUACUUUGGUGGUCAUAAUUUGAGCCGUUACAGUGUUGACCUUAGAGUCUUUGCAUUGUAGGCUCUUUUACAAAUUCUUAGGGCUGCAUACCAAAAUCUUGGCCGAAACAGAUGGAGCUUGCCAGAGAAGAGCCCAUUGCCAAUGGGGAUGUAGGGGAAAUCGAUAGAGAACCCACUGGUGAGAGUCUUCCUCAUGAAAAUCCUGCUGCUCUAGCUCGUCUCCCUCGCAUGGUGAGGCAAAAAGCUUAUAUAUUUGAUGGUCAUGGGAAUUACUAUAAUAAAGAGUGGGUUAUAACCGAAGGUACAGGUCAGGAGUUCUGUUGGUACCAUGUUGAACUCCCCAGAAGUAACCAGAAACUAACUUCAUCAGCACAAUGGCUCAUUGAUCUUCUAUGCCCUCCACUGAAACUCCAAGAUAUUUUAUCACUAGUUAGCAACGGACCCUUCUGUGGAUUUGUUGAUGGGGCACUUGUGUUCAGAGUUAAUUCUCCAGGCACCCCUUCAAGCAACUUUACAUUCCGAUUGGCAGCUAGAGUUACUGAAAAUUCGGUAAUUACUGUGUCAUUAGGCCAUAUUCCUAGGGUAGGAUUCUCACCAACGAGUCAAUCUCUUCUUUCAGAGAUUCCCAGUGUGGAGUCUCCUUAUCGUAGAGGAACAAAUAAGGAAGCAGCUGGAACUUUGAUCAAGGAACAUGUUCUUGAGUUCCUUUUAACUAUGAACCAUUCUGAGGAGGCUGAUAAUCCUGUUCCAAAAACAGUCUCAAACCUGGUUGUUCAUAUUCUUGACACCCACGUCGAUCACCUUCAAGAUACUGUAACUAAACUAGAGAUGGAGUUGGAAGCUGUGGAGCUUGACAUGGAUAAAGGUAGUUUUGCUUUGAAGAAACAAAUGCUAGAUGAUAGAAGGUUCCCAAAAAUGCACCUUAAUCUCCAACGUUUGCUUCAGGUGAUUGCGCAUGGGGAGCAAGUACUUCCUCGUGUGAAGGAAAAGUGUUCAACAAAAGGGUGGUUUGCCAGCCAAGACAUUAAUGCCUCGGAAGAGUUGAUUGGAAGAUUGAGGAGGCUAAAAGAGAAUGUGGGGUUCAUAGCGAAUCGUGUAACGGCGAUUCAGGCAGGUCUUGACAGUUGGCAAGCUGAGCAAAUCAAUCGGAAGCUGUACUAUCUCUCGUUCCUUUCCAUUGUAUUUCUUCCGCUGUCAAUCAUCACUGGAGUAUUUGGGAUGAAUGUUGGAGGAGUACCAUGGACAGGCCAAGAUGACCCGGAAUUAAAAGAUGGUUUUCAGAAUGUGAUACUUCUGUGUCUGGGAAUGCUAUUGCUUGUGCUACUGUGCUUUCUCUUCCCGUCCGCUUGGGCAUCUUUUGCUUCGUGGAGGCAGAGAAUAGCCAUGAAAAGAAGCUGGUCGAUCAACAGGAAAUCAUUUCUCAAGAGAACUAUCGGGUUACAAGAAAGAAAAGGCUACUUGCGCAUUUGAUUCAGGAAAGUGAUCAUACAUACAUAUUGCUAACUCGACUUUUUUAUUAAUGUCCCUGAGUAUUCAUCAAGAGUUUAGCAAAGAAGCAAUGUACGUAAGAAUAUAGCAAAUUAGCGUAGAUGCUGCCUGCAUUGGGCCAUUCCGACUGUUUUCUGAUGACUUUGGGUUCAUUGUUGUAAGUUGGUUGUCCCUGGCGUCCCUUUUCGCUGGCAUUACUUGAGUCUUGAGAGCGCUGUAUAGAUGAUUAUAUUUGAUGCGAAUGUAUUUCUUUUCUUUGGGUGGCAGAUGUUGCUUGUACUUUUUCAGUUUUUGCAGCCGACUUCAACUGAUGAUUUCUUCACCGAAAUCAAAAUGCGAGCUAAAAGUGGAUUCGUUCUACUUUUCUAUGUUGGCAUUUGUGGCAAAUAGUGUUGAAAUUUAAUGUUUCAAACAAGA